AUGGCUGGCUUCCCAGAGGCAAAAUUCCAGAUUUCUCCCAAUGGAUGGAUAAACACCGACGUGUUUAUGUCCUGGCUCAGGGACUGCUUCGUACCAGCUGUCGCCCACAAGAGGAAACCGGUUGUGCUAUUCGUCGACGGCCACACCUCGCACACUUCCAACAUUGAGGUGAUCGAUCUCUGCAUCGAGGAGCAGAUACUGCUCUACUGCCUAAAGAGCCACGCCUCACACAUCAUCCAGCCCUUGGACCAAUCUCUGUUUGGGGCCAUGAAGCAGGCUUGGGGGGAACAGUGCCAAAAGGUCAUGAAUCAAACAGGAGAAAGCAUAAGUGUCAGGACCUUCACAGCAGCACUGAAGCCUGUCUGGGACGCCACCACAAGACCUGAGGUUGCCUUCAACGGCUUUGCUAAGAGUGGGAUUUACCCAUACAACCCUGAAAGGGUGGUGCACGCUGACAAACUGGCACCAAGCCGUACUUUUUCUACAGCACCCCGGGCAGCAGCAACAGCACCACCACCAGUGGCAGUAACAGCACCCCGGGCAGCAGCAACAGCACCACCACCAGCAGCAGCACCUUCACCACCACCAGUCUGA